GGACAAUGGUGUCUCGCCUGCUGCUGCGCGUGUGGCCCCAGGGUCCUGCCUUUGGCCCUGGAGCCUCCUGCCGACCCCUCAGCACUGGCCCCGGGGCCACCCAGUACCUGCAGCGCAGCAUCGUGCCCACCAUGCACUACCAGGACAGCCUGCCCAGGCUGCCUGUUCCCAAACUUGAAGACACUAUUAGGAGAUACCUCAGUGCACAGAAGCCCCUCUUGGAUGAUGACCAGUUCAGGAAAACAGAACAGUUUUGCAAGAGUUUUGAAAAUGGAAGUGGAAAAGAACUGCAUGAGCAGCUCGUUGCUCAGGACAAGAAGAAUAAACAUACAAGCUACAUUUCAGGUCCCUGGUUUGAUAUGUACUUAGCUUCUCGAGACUCCAUUGUUCUGAACUUUAAUCCAUUUAUGGCAUUCAAUCCUGACCCAAAGUCUGAGUAUAAUGACCAGCUCACACGGGCGACCAACAUGACUGUAUCUGCUCUCCGGUUUCUGAAGACACUUCGGGCUGGCCUUCUGGAGCCAGAAGUCUUCCACUUGAACCCUGCCAAAAGUGACACGGACACCUUCAAGAGGCUCAUCCGCUUUGUGCCUCCCUCUCUGUCCUGGUAUGGUGCCUACUUGGUCAAUGCCUAUCCCCUGGACAUGUCCCAGUAUUUUCGGCUUUUCAAUUCAACUCGUAUACCCAAACCUGGUCGGGAUGAGCUGUUCACUGAUGACAAAGCCAGACACCUCCUGGUCUUAAGAAAAGGACACUUCUAUAUCUUUGAUGUCCUGGAUAGAGAUGGGAACAUUGUGAGUGCGUCAGAAAUCAAGGCUCAUCUGAAGUACAUUCUCUCAGACAGUAGUCCUGCCCCCGAGUUUCCCCUGGCCUAUCUGGGCAGUGAGAACCGCGACGUCUGGGCAGAGCUCAGGCAGAAACUGGUCAGUGACGGCAAUGCAGAGACCCUGAGGAAAGUGGACUCUGCUGUGUUCUGCCUGUGUCUAGAUGACUUCCCCAUCAAGGAUCUUGUCCACUUGUCCCACAGCAUGUUGCAUGGUGAUGGCACAAACUGUUGGUUUGAUAAAUCCUUUAACCUCAUUGUAGCCAAGGAUGGCACCGCCGCUGUCCACUUUGAGCAUGCUUGGGGCGAUGGUGUCGCCGUGCUCAGGUUUUUAAAUGAGGUAUUCAAAGACAGCACUCAGACCCCCGCCAUCACUCCACAGAGCCAGCCAGCCACCAUUGACUCUUCAGGUGCUGUGCAGAAACUUACCUUCCAGCUGAACGAUGCGUUGAAGACUGGCAUCACCACUGCUAAGAGAAAGUUCGAUGAAACCAUGAAAACCCUCACCAUUGACUGCUUCCAGUUCCAGAGAGGAGGGAAGGAGUUCCUGAAGAAGCAGAAGCUGAGCCCUGACGCGGUGGCCCAGCUGGCCUUCCAGAUGGCCUUCCUGCGGCAGUACGGGCAGACCGUGGCCACCUACGAGUCCUGCAGCACUGCAGCGUUCAAGCACGGCCGUACCGAGACCAUCCGCCCAGCCUCCAUCUUCACUAAGAAGUGCUCCGAGGCCUUCCUCAGAGAACCCUCCAAGCACAGUGCUGGGGAGCUUCAGCAGCUGAUGGCUGAGUGCUCCAAGUACCACGGCCAGCUGACCAAAGAAGCUGCUAUGGGCCAGGGCUUUGACCGACACUUGUUUGCUCUGCGAUACCUGGCAGCUGCCAAAGGGAUGCCCCUGCCUGAGCUAUACCUGGACCCUGCAUAUGGAAAGAUAAACCACAACAUCUUGUCCACGAGCACGCUCAGCAGCUCAGCAGUGAACCUGGGUGGCUUUGCCCCCGUGGUCCCUGAUGGCUUUGGCAUUGGGUAUGCAGUUCACGACAACUGGAUAGGUUGCAACGUCUCUGCCUACUCAGGCCGGAAUGCCCGCGAGUUUCUCCAAUGUGUGGAGAAGUCUUUAAACGACAUGUUUGAUGCUUUAGAAGGUAAAUCAAUCAAAACAGCAUCUGGGUAG